UUUAGCUCACAAAUUAUAUUCAACUCGUUUUCACCACUUAAACUAUUUUUAGGACAAAAUGGAGGAAUAUGAUUGGGAUUCUCCGCAACCUAACUUCAAAAACGAAUUUAAAUACAUUUGCAAUACAUUCUCAGCGAUUUGGAAUUAUUGUUUGAAAAGCACAAUUAUGUAUCUGAAGAGCACGCCAUUAUUUCAAGCUUAUAAGACAUUUGAGGAGUUCAUAAUUUGCAAAUGGGAAGGUCGUUUACCAGAGAGCCCCAAACCGGAAGUCACAAAGAAACUUAAGAAAGCACAAUUACCAAAAGAGAAAAAUGAGUCAAGUCUAUUGUCACUGCUCUCGCAAAGAAGAAAUUCGGAUCCAACUUGUCUGGGACUUUACCUAAAGUUAUUCGACAAAAAUGAUACACUUCUAUCGGAGUUCCAAAAAGAAUUGUUACUUAAAGCAAAUGUUUAUAAACCAGAGUUUAGCUCACAGCCUAAAUCAAGUAAUCGGAUUUCGAAUAAAUUACGUACAUAAUAAUUAUGCAGAA